UUUACCCUGUCCAUCUUCUUUACGUGAUUUAACCAGUACGUGUAGUUGGACAAAUCCGCGUAGAAACAUCAAUAGCUAUGCUGUCAGUUCGCGUUGCCGCGGCCCUUGUCCGCACCCUUCCCCGACGGACUGGAUUUGUUUCCAAAAAUGUUUAUGCUGCUGCAUGUGUAGGAGCCAGGCACCUGCACAACACAAAGCCAUGGAUGGCCAAGAAGGGAACAGCAGAGGUCUCGUCCAUUCUGGAGGAGAAGAUCCUGGGGGCUGACACAAUCGCUGACCUGGAGGAGACUGGUCGCGUGCUGUCCAUCGGUGACGGUAUUGCCAGAGUGUACGGUCUCAGGAACGUGCAGGCUGAGGAGAUGGUGGAGUUCUCCUCCGGGCUUAAGGGCAUGUCUCUGAACUUGGAGCCCGACAAUGUCGGUGUUGUGGUGUUCGGUAAUGACAAGCUCAUCAAGGAGGGCGAUAUCGUCAAGAGAACCGGAGCCAUCGUGGACGUGCCCGUCGGUGAACAGCUGCUGGGUCGUGUGGUGGACGCUCUGGGAAAUGCCAUCGACGGCAAGGGUCCCCUUGGGUCCAGCAUCCGUAGGCGUGUGGGUCUUAAGGCCCCUGGCAUCAUCCCCCGUAUUUCUGUGAGAGAGCCCAUGCAGACUGGCAUCAAGGCCGUGGACAGCCUGGUGCCCAUUGGCCGAGGUCAGCGUGAGCUGAUCAUCGGUGACAGGCAGACUGGCAAAACCGCCAUUGCCAUCGACACCAUCAUCAACCAGAAGCGCUUCAACGACGGCACUGAUGAGAAGAAGAAGCUGUACUGCAUCUACGUCGCCAUUGGUCAGAAGAGAUCCACCGUGGCCCAGCUAGUGAAGAGGCUGACUGACGCCGACGCCAUGAAGUACACCAUCGUGGUGUCCGCCACAGCCUCCGAUGCCGCUCCCCUGCAGUACCUGGCCCCUUACUCUGGCUGCUCCAUGGGAGAGUUCUUCAGAGACAACGGCAAGCACGCCCUCAUCAUCUACGACGAUUUGUCCAAGCAGGCUGUGGCUUACCGUCAGAUGUCCCUGCUGCUACGUCGUCCCCCCGGUCGUGAGGCCUACCCCGGGGAUGUGUUCUACCUCCAUUCUCGUUUGCUAGAGAGAGCAGCCAAGAUGAACGAAAACUUCGGAGGCGGGUCCCUCACCGCCCUGCCCGUCAUUGAGACCCAGGCCGGUGACGUUUCUGCCUACAUUCCAACCAAUGUCAUCUCCAUCACAGACGGACAGAUAUUCUUGGAGACUGAGUUGUUCUACAAAGGUAUUCGACCAGCCAUCAACGUAGGUCUGUCUGUGUCACGUGUCGGCUCUGCCGCCCAGACCAAAGCCAUGAAGCAGGUGGCUGGUACCAUGAAGCUGGAGCUGGCCCAGUACCGUGAGGUGGCUGCCUUUGCACAGUUUGGUUCCGACUUGGACGCUGCCACCCAGCAGCUUCUGAACCGUGGUGUUCGCCUUACUGAGCUCCUCAAGCAGGGGCAGUACUGCCCCAUGGCCAUUGAGGAGCAGGUUACAGUCAUCUAUGCUGGUGUGAGGGGACACUUGGACAAAAUGGACCCAACCAAGAUCACAAAGUUUGAGAAGGCUUUUCUUCAACAUGUUCUCAGCCAGCACCAGGACCUCCUAGCACAAAUUAGAGCUGAUGGCAAAAUCUCAGAAACCGCAGAUGCCCAGCUUAAGCAGAUCGUCUUGACCUUCCUGGCAAGCUUUGAGUAGUCUUAUUUUUGGUCAACUAUUUUGUCAAUGUUGCAUAGUGCGGAUGUUAAACUUCAAAAACAAAUCUGAAAAUAAAGUGGCAUUUGAUAUUACUGUACAGAUGUCUCCUAACAGAGAAUAAAGUCGUUCUACUCCAGGA